CAACGAACCAAUAGAAAGCUUUCUUUAAUUUUACCGACUAAUCACAGAGAAGUAUAGCGCGAAGCCCUUCCUAUGAAGGAAAACACGUUGUGUGGCGUCUUCACGGAGCUGACUCAGUAGAAGAUUGUUUGCAUUUAGGCGAGGCAGUAUAUCUAAACCAAUGCUUCCUGGAUGGGUGAAAGCAUCUCUGAGACCAUUUACACUGCCCUUUAAAUUGGCUUGCUUUAGCACUUGCUCAUUCUCUUUCUAUAAACAUCAUCUGACAUUAUCUCACUCCGUUUUGUCCCCUCAGAAGACCCUUGGAUCUUACAUUUCUUCCCCAUCAGUUUAUGCUAAUUUUUACACUUCAUUCCACAUUCUUGCAACAUCAUCCACUAGUUUUAUCUUUUCCCAGUCAUUUUGCAAAAAAUUGUUUUUUCCCACUCCUCUUUCUUAUUCUCUCUCCCAGUCACCUUCUCUGUUCCAGUCCAGUCACUCCUGUAAACCCAUGGAUUUAUCAGAAGUCUUAGAGGUGCUUGAGAAUUUGGCUCCCCUGCCAUUGGCAGAGCCAUGGGACAAUGUAGGACUCUUGGUGGAGCCAAGCAAAGUCCAUCCUGUUAAAACGGUCUUACUGACUAAUGAUUUGACAGUACCUGUUAUGGACGAAGCUGAGGCCAUGAAUUGUGACCUCAUUGUCUCCUAUCACCCACCAUUGUUUCGGCCAAUCAAGCGAUUAGUUCAAAGGGACUGGAAGCAGCAGUUGGCUAUCAGGGCAGUCAAAGCAGGAAUUGCAAUUUACUCUCCCCAUACUGCCCUAGACUGUGUGAGAGGUGGGGUCAAUGACUGGCUGAUUGGCGGAGUAGGCAGUGGCAGUGUGUCAGUGUUAAGUCAGGCUGCCAGUAGCACUCCCCUAACUCACAAACUGGAAUUCACUGUGAGGAAUCAUGAGGAAUUGAAAAUGAUUUUGGCUGAACUAAUGGAUACAACAGGGAAGUUAGAGUACACUACCACAAGAUCUGAUGGCGAUGGGUACAAUGUAAGCCUCAUCUGUCCAGACUCCAUCCUGACUGCUGCUGUCCAAACUCUGUCACAACAUGCUACUUCUAAGGAAUCUCUCCGCAUUCUGCAACUUACCAAGCUGCCUCUCCCUGGUUGUGGUCAGGGGCGAAGGAGCAUUUUGGAUGAACCCAUCUCUAUAGCUACAGCCGUGCAACGAAUCAAGUCACACUUGGGCCUGAGCCACGUGAGACUGGCUCUUGGUGCCCAGCAUACACUUGAGUCUGCAGUCAACACAGUGGCAGUGUGUGCUGGAUCUGGAGGGUCAGUUCUGAAUGCGGUGAAAGCUGAUCUCUACAUCACAGGGGAAAUGUCACAUCAUGAGGUCCUGGAUGCUGUGGCUGCUGGUACUAGUGUUAUCCUGAGCGACCAUAGCAACAGUGAGCGAGGUUUCCUCUCUGUGCUGAAAGAAAGGUUGUCAGUGCGUCUCUCUGACUCCAUCUCCAUCAAGCUGUCCCAAAGAGACAGGGACCCUCUGGAGAUACUCUGAAUCCAUAAGGAAUGUCACUGUUGAUUAGACGGUCUGACGGUUACAUUCUCACACAAAUUUAUCUUAAACCUGUUGGGACGAAGCAGUAAAACGUAUUUUCAGUUGUGUAAAUCAACAUAGACCAGUUAAGUAGAAAUAUCUUUGCUAUUAAGUAUAUAGAUAUGGACCUGUAUUCCCAGCUGUUAAAUAAAAUGUUCCUUGCUCCCUCCUCCA